GUGUUGAAGCUGACUGUUGUCAAUUGUCUCCUAUUUUUCGGAUGGGUUGGUGCGUUCGUAGCCGGCUCAAGACGCCAGUUUGACACCAUGACGAAGGGUUUGCUUUUGUUGCUGUCUUUUCUUUUGCCUAGUUCGACAUGUGCAAAAGUUCUGACUGGAGAAGUGCUAUGGGAUGGCGCUUCAGACAUUCACAGGAAGAUUUGGUUAUCCCCUUUCAUUUCAGAGGCGUGCAGUGGGGACUUGGAUGUCUUGGAGUUCAGCCAGUACAUGGUGCAAGACAUAGGUUGUUUCAUGCCAGGGGUCAUCAAAGUGCUGCAUGGCCUCCAAGACAGGUCCCUCAAAGAACAAGGGACGAGUGGCAAUUUGACCGUCUACUUUUGUCAGCUGCACAGUCGUUAUGUCACUUACUUGGCUGAGGAAGGCAGUGGUUGGCACCUGCAAAACGUGACUUGCAGCAAUUCCUGCCAGGCUUAUGUGGAUUUUUUGGGAGACGUUGCUCGGAACAAACCUUUGGAACAGUCAGUGAUUGCUUUUGCUCCCUGCACUGUUCUGUGGGAAUGGCUGGGCUGGAAGAUGAGCAGCUGCAAGGGGCUAAGCAAGAAUGCUUACAAGACUUGGAUCGCAGGGUUGGGCGGCAAAUCUUCCAUUGUGCAUCAAAUUGACAUUACAUCCUACCCUGUUCAGCAGUCCAUGAAAACCUUCAGAGCUGCCAUGAUCCAUGAACUCGAUUUCUUCAACUCAGUGAGUUCCCAUGCACCUUUGGCAACGACGACCCUGGCGACAGCGACGUCGGACAGUGAAGGAUGGUAUGUCCUAGUGGUCCUAGUGCUGGGCAUUUUGUUGGUGGCUAUGUGGGCAAUGGCAGCAUGGAGGAGGGUGGAGGCAGAGCCUUUGGAAAGACAUCUCUUGAACAUUUAAAUAUCAAUGUUCGACAAGGUGGGCACCAGCGUGAAAACGGUGACUGCUUCGCCGCUCGAAUAAGUGGCUUGGCGCAGCGCCAACCAGAUAAAUAAUGGCAACGUAUUGGGUUUGUCCCAUUACCUGCAACAGUC